ACAGCUCUCGAAUAUCCACGCCUCUUUGGAAUUCGCUUUCAAAACACAAACACCUCUCUCUCUCUCUCUCUCUCUCUCUUUAAUAUAUAAUAAUCAAACCCUUUCCGUUAUUCUGUUUUCUUCCAUUCGAAAAAGCUCUGUUUUCUCAUCUCUGUAAAUCUCUUUACAUCUGUCUCUAUUAAGAGAUCUGAAUCUGAGGAAUUAUGUCUUACGCCUACCUUUUCAAGUAUAUAAUCAUCGGAGAUACUGGAGUGGGAAAAUCAUGUCUUCUACUACAGUUCACUGACAAGCGAUUCCAACCAGUGCAUGACUUAACCAUUGGUGUUGAAUUUGGAGCCAGAAUGAUUACAAUUGACAACAAGCAUAUAAAGCUGCAAAUAUGGGACACGGCGGGCCAAGAAUCCUUCCGGUCCAUCACAAGGUCCUAUUAUAGAGGGGCUGCUGGUGCACUUCUUGUCUACGAUAUUACGAGGAGAGAGACAUUCAACCAUCUUGCGAGCUGGCUGGAAGAUGCAAGGCAGCAUGCUAAUGCUAACAUGACAAUCAUGUUAAUUGGGAACAAAUGUGAUCUUGCACACAGAAGGGCUGUCAGCACAGAGGAGGGCGAGCAGUUUGCAAAGGAGCAUGGAUUGAUAUUCAUGGAAGCUUCUGCAAAAACUGCUCAGAACGUCGAGGAGGCAUUCAUAAGCACAGCAGUGACAAUCUACAAGAAGAUUCAAGAUGGGGUGUUUGACGUAUCAAAUGAGUCCUACGGAAUCAAGGUUGGGUAUGGAGGAAUCCCGGGCUCAUCAGGAGGGAGAGAUGGCUCCGCCCCUCAAGCUGGAGCAUGUUGCAGUUGAAUGCUGCUGCCAAAAAGGACUAAUUAAUUCUGUCAUAAGUUCUUUUAUUUAUUUAUUUAUUUAUUUAUUUUUCUUCUUCUUCUUUUGAUUGUGUGAAUUGAAUUAGAUUGUUUUGAACCUGACACUAGCCAAAGUGGCAUAUAUGCAAAGAGGCUGGAUCCACUACAAAGCCCUACAAAACAUUUUGUGGAGCCCACCAUGGUGUUUUAAUGA